GGGCGUGGUUUUGAGACCUAGGUGGGCGUUAGGGGCAGGUGAAGGCUUCAGAUUCGGAUUUCGGUCUCUGUCCGUGUGGAGUGAACAUGGAAACACUGAUCAUUUACUGAGCUUUAACACACACAGCUGUAAGAUUCAAUCAUCAGGUCCAGGAGAAGAUCCAGGUGAAGAUCCAGGUGAAGAUCCAGGUCACAGUUCAUGCAGGAAGCAGCAGAAAUUCAGCAGCCUGUGGUUUGUUUCCGUUCCUCUGAGGAGAUUAUUAUCCAUUCACAAAACACAGGGUGAUUUGUGUGUGUGUGUGUACAUUAACGAUGACGGCGGCUGAGUUCCCUGAAUCGGCACAGCACGAAGGUGAAAAUCACAGCCAAAUUGAAGUAUUAGUUCCGGACACGUCCACACACCCUCAGACUCCGCCCACAGAACGAACCCCGGCCAUUAAGAAAGAGGGCGGAGCUGCAGACCACUCCACAGACCAUGCAACACCCCAGUCCCGUUUGUCACGAGGUUUUGCACGCUUGCUGCGUAAGAACCAGGACUACAUCCGCAUCAGCAUAGGUGAGCCACGCCCUGAGCACCUGCAUGUUGAGCGUCUACCGGCUGAGUGGUGGAAAACAGGCGUGUCCUUCCUGUGGGCGGGGACUAUGCUCUUCUGCACCACUGUCAUGAUCACUGUGGUGCAUGAGCGCGUUCCAGAGAAGGCGGACAACCCGCCGCUGCCUGAUAAGUUCUUCGAUUAUGUACCGCGUCUGGAGUGGGCGUUUACUGUCACCGAGGUCAACGGCAUUUUCCUGACUCUCGUCUGGACCACACAGUGGCUCUGUCUCAAACACAAGUCGAUCAUAGGCCGCAGAUUCUUCUUCCUGAUGGGGAUGCUGUAUCUGUAUCGCAUCAUCACCAUGUACAUCACCACGCUGCCUGUCCCCAGCACACACAUGAACUGUGCUCCUAAGUUGUAUGAUGACUCAGUGGGGAAAGUGUAUCGGAUCUUACAGCUUAUCUCAGGAGGAGGUUUGUCCAUCACGGGCUCGCACAUGAUGUGUGGUGAUUUCCUGUACAGCGGUCACACGGUCAUCCUCACACUCACCUACCUCUUCAUCAGUGAAUACUCCCCGCGCUGGAUGUGGUGGUAUCACCUGGUCUGCUGGUUGCUGAGUUUAAUGGGCGUGAUCUUCAUCCUUGUAGCUCACGAGCACUACAGCGUGGACGUGGUGGUGGCAUAUUUCGUUACAUCACGCCUCUUCUACUGGUACCACACCAUGGCCAACAACCAGUCUCUAAGAGAUUCUCCUCAGAAUUAUCUCUCCCGUGUGUGGUGGAAGUACGUGUUUAACUUCCUGGAGAGGAACGUUCGCUCCGUGGUGCCCUGUGAGUUCUACUGGCCAUUCACUCUGCCCACCUCCUGCCUAACUACGCCCUGCGACUCGUACUCCAAAGUGCAGAUGACCCGAGACGAGUGACUGACACACACACACACACACACACACGCACACUGAAGACAGAACGUUACAGCUCAGGCUCUCACACGCAGCAGUAUUUUACAGACUGAGAGUGUAUGUACGUGUACCUAAGUGCACUAUAUGGUGAAGAAGAAAUUGUUUUAUGAGUUUGUGGCUCGGCUGCAUGCCAUUAGCAUCACUGCGGUGAAUAUGUUUACUGACAUUACUGAAGGACUUUAUUUUUAUUAACACGUACUGUAUUUUACUUUAUUACAGUGUGAAUGUCUUUGCAAUAAUACUGUAUGUUUGUUCAAGUGUAAAGUUGUUUAUUUGGCCUACUAUAUGACAGCGUAAUAUAAUAAACUAUUUUUAUAUAUA